CAUUGUGUGGCUGACUCGGCCGCAGCUGCGGUGUGAGGCGCGUGUUCGGGCCUUCGCCGUCCCCGCACCCGCACCGCAGCCCUGCCCCGCGGCCCGCCGCACCUCAGCUAGCCCCCGGGAGCCCACCCGCCACGGCCAUGCCGCGCGUCUACAUAGGACGCCUGAGCUACAAUGUCCGCGAGAAGGACAUCCAACGCUUUUUCAGCGAAUUACUCCCUCCAUGUGAUAAAGGUGGUGGAGGUGGAUACAGCAGUCGGAGAACUUCUGGCAGAGACAAAUAUGGACCACCUGUUCGUACAGAAUUCAGGCUUAUUGUAGAAAAUUUGUCUAGUCGUUGCAGUUGGCAAGACUUAAAGGAUUUCAUGCGGCAAGCAGGAGAGGUGACUUACGCAGAUGCUCACAAAGAACGCACAAAUGAGGGUGUAAUUGAAUUUAGAUCCUACUCUGACAUGAAGCGUGCUUUGGAUAAACUGGAUGGCACAGAAAUAAAUGGCAGAAAUAUUAGGCUUAUUGAAGAUAAGCCACGAACAAGCCAUAGGCGCUCUUAUUCUGGAAGUAGAUCCAGAUCACGCUCUAGAAGAAGGUCACGGAGUAGGAGUCGCAGGAGCAGCCGCAGUAGAUCUCGAAGUAUCUCAAAAAGUCGCUCCCGAUCUAGGUCGCGGAGCAAAGGUCGAUCCCGAUCCCGCUCAAAAGGCAGGAAAUCCAGAUCAAAGAGCAAAUCUAAGCCUAAGUCUGAUCGGGGUUCCCACUCACAUUCAAGAAGCAGAUCUAAGGAUGAGUAUGGGAAGUCCCGAAGUAGGUCACGUUCUCGGUCCCCCAAAGAAAAUGGAAAAGGAGAUAUAAAGUCAAAAUCCAGAUCCCGGAGCCAGUCUCGAUCCCAUUCACCUCUGCCUGCUCCACCUUCAAAGGCCCGUUCUGUGUCCCCUCCACCAAAAAGAGCUUCCAGGUCCCGUUCUAGAUCUCGUUCAAGGUCCAGAUCAAGUUCCAGAGAUUAACCCUGAACUCUACGUUCUUUGCACACUAUUAACAGAACACUUUCCUACUUGCUUAGGCAGUUACUCUUCCGAGUUUGUACUUGGCCUCUUCUUCAAGAGGAUUUCCUGAAAAGGGAACACAGGAAUUUAAUUUGUGGCCAAAUUUAAUGAGAAAAAGAUGAGGUUUUAAAGUGGUAGUAUGAAGCCCUGUCCCUUCUUUGUAGAAUUAAGAUAAUUUUGAUUUUAUAGCCUUUGAGCCUAAAAUAACUUUUGUAAAGAUUAAGCUCAUUUAGAUUUUUUUUUAAAAAAAAAAAUAUUGCAGCAGAAUCUGCUGCAGGGUUCUGUUGUUUUGUUUGCUUAUUUUUAAAUUAACUGUUUCAAGCUUUGGAUACUGCAGGCUUUACAGGGAGAACCCAAAUUUUCAAUUAUGUUGGCUUUUUAUAAAGCUUGAGUUAUGUAAGAUUUAAAUAAAAGUUUGCUACCAAGAUGAUUGCCUUAUUUGAAUAGGUCACUACUUAGGGCCCUGUAAGUUUUGAUACCUGCCAUUAAUGGAGACAGUGUAAGUUUCACUGAAGUGUAAAAACAAGGCAAGCCUCAGACCAGCAAUAAAUUAAUCAGUUUGGAUAACCUUAAUUUGUGCUGUUAAUUAUAUCUACCAAAGUCUUUUUCUGCCCCUUUAAUAAGUUUAGUUAAAAGUAAAAGGGACUUUGUAGUUAGUGUCACAAGAUGUUGUCUAGUUAAGAGGUUUUUAAAGAAACUAAAGGAUUACAAAUGAACUCCUCAAGAAGUAAGUCCUAAUACUUGGGAGCUUGUUAUCCUGUGUUCUGGAAGUGGUCAGUGUGAUUAGUGUUAGUGUGUGGUUUGGUGGUCUCUAAUGUUUUGAAAACAGAAGUAGCCUUUCUUUGAUUAGGAAUUUAGUUAUCUUCCUCAAAGUGGGAAAAGCACAUAAUGCUGCAUUUUCUGCUGAAAGUUGCUUAUGUGUAACAGGUGCUCAGCAGACUACUUGGUAAGAUAUUUGCUGGUUAUAACUUCCCAACAAUUGGUCCCAUUGUGUUAGUGGGGCUUUUGUGGUUGGUUUGCAAAAACAGUGACAUGGAUCAGCUGAAAUGCUUUGUGCUUUAUACAUAAAGCAUUAUGAACACUGUGGAAACCAAGUUAAACAGUGCAAACUUGUAGGAAUAACUGGACUUGCAGUUUUCAUGCAUCCAAAAGCCCAGUUUGUUGAGACUGCAAUCAAUAAGUGAAUUACCUUACAACCCUUUCAUUGUUCAGAUGUUUUAAAGUCAUUUCAUCCUAAAUACUUCCUCAGUCUUGAGUCAAGGUGUAGAUGAAUUGGCUUCCUCAGCUGUUGCUACAUAAUCUAGCAAGGGUUGGAUUAUAGUGCUAUAGGGUUGCUGUGUGGGACUGAAUAAUCAGAAAUGCAAUACAGUGAGGCUGAGUGGGACAUUGGGUAUUCAAGGGCCUAUAUCGGUAUCAGUAGCUGGGAAUACUUGGAAACGGAAAGGAGAAUGUUUUCAAGAAAUUUCUGUUACAAAAUCUAAAAGACUAACUUUAGGAAAUAGUGUCAGAUAAAGCUGCUACUUUAGUCAUCUUUUCUUUGAUGCUUUGUUUAGAUGUUUAUUUCUCCAGUGUAAAUUUCAGAAGUUAAAAGAAAAUUGUUUCUGGUCAUAGUUUACCAUUUUGCCUGUUCAAAGACAGAAGUGAUGGCUCUUUAAAAAUUGGGUUUGACCAAAGUUCUUUGUUUUCAGGGAAAAAUAUAUAAAAGCUUUCUGAGCCACAGUCUUUUAAAGGGAGGAAAGGUUAUCAGUAAAAUUAGGCUUUCUGACCGCAUGCAUCUUCAACUGUGCUUGACUUCUAUUAAUGUAGUACAUGAUAGAGGCAUUUGACUAUUUUUAGCUGCCCCAAUAAGCAUAUAAUGUAUAGGUAAAUGCCAACAUCCAUAUAAUUUUUCUAGGGGCAAAGGCCAUUUUAUUAAAAAUCUAGGCCUAGACCCUAGUUGUUAAAUACACUGAAUAAACCACUGACUGCAUUUAAAGCGUUUGCCUUAGCAAAUUUGACUUAAAAUGUUUAGUUCCUUACUGACUAGUGAAUUCAGUUCUGCCAACUAAUAUGCAGAUUCUAAGAAUCCCAUCUUGCACACAUUGGUGAUGCCCUGGGUGGAGUAUCAACAGCACCAACCGAUAAAAGAGCACAAGAGAAGUGGGGAACAUCUUGAGUCCUGUUGGACGUGAUAGCGUUUCUUGAUAUGCCACAGUGCCUUUAUGGCCAGUUUGAGUCCUGCCUACUUCAGCCUUUAUGUUCCCACUCCUCCUGUGUUAACAUUGCUUUCAUCUUGGAUAUUCUUUUUUUCUACUUUGUUAACCUAUUUUAUGCUUUAUCUCAAUAAAACGCUUA